GGAGGUGGAAGCGAUGUCACUCGCAGUUUCCUUGAUUGCGCUUGUCGAAUCGAAAAGGUCCUUGGCGACUGCCGCAAAGCACCUGGCUUUGCAAGUUGACCGGGACAUACAUUGCUGCCGAAUCAAGCAUGCUUCACCAUCUCCGAGGCGAUAGGUACCCUGCCUUCGAAACGCGGCAUUUCUGCUAGACUCACAUGGACGCUCAGCAUACACCUGGGCGGAGCCAUGUGAAAAGAUGUUGGAGGCGAGAGAUGAGUCUGUUGACCUCUCGUCUGCACAGGUAACGGUGAACCAUGAAAUUGCCUACCGUCAUAUACUCCCUGCUUCUUGCUCUUACCACAACCACCAUUGCUUUAUCGACAGGCAGUGGUGGCGCAGCGGUUCAACGUCAACUCGUGUUUGGCGCUCCCUGUGUACCAAAGGUCAUUGGUUCGAUUCCCAGCUUCGACCAUGGCAAGAGUCUUGACACUCCAUUCAGAAAAAUAAAUGAAACCAUUAAGUUGAUUCCUUUCCCCCACGAAAGGGCUCUAGACGACUGAGCCUUAGUAGUGGGGGCUUGUUUUGCUGAAAGUUGUGGUGUGGUUGUGUUUUAUUUUGCUGGAAAAGUUGACAUCGACAUCUGUUUUGACUGUCUUUUUGGCAGAUCUCAGGCCGCCAUCUAGGUUGAAAGUCAAGAACAUCGUCCUAGAAGAGGUCAUCAACACGGUCUUUUG